AUGAUCGGAGGGCUCCUCAAUCUCAACAAUGCGGGCACUGGACCCCACUGUCUUCGUACCCUUCUCCUUGACCUUCUCACACUUCUUCUUCUUCUCCUUCUUCGCCUUCUCCUCCGAACCACCAGUGGACACCUUUAUCGUGUACUUCUGCUCGAGCGGCAGGACGCGGGCCCCGCCCUUCCUAUGGAUCUCAGCCGUCAAUUUGUAGCUCUUCUCCUGCCCUUUCUUCCCGUCAUUGAUCUCAGCCGUCCACUGGUACUUCCGGUCGUUCUCCGGGCUCUUCACCUCCGCCGUCCACGUGUACUGCUUCUUCUUGCUCUUCUCCUCCCUCGCCAGCCGGCUAAGCCCCAGCUCCAGCUCCAGAGCCGAGACGCGGUCGCUGAGCGCCUGCAGGUACAGAUCGCCCAGUCCGGCCCGGCGCGUGACGCGGCGAGUGGAGGUGUGAAAUGGGGUUUCGUCGAUCUGGAUCAGAUCUGUGAUGGUACCAAAUUCAUCGAACAAGGAGGGAGAGGCUGGGGCGAGGUCAAGGAGGCCGAGAGCGCAGUCGAGCUCGUCCUCAACAAUGGGGAAAGAUGGGAAGAAAUGGGUUCUUGGAGGUCUGAGAAUGGAGGUCUGGUUGAGGUAGUGCGAAGGAGAGUGGCUAACGAGCUCGAAUCUACUGAAUCUGCUCAUCUUUUUCUUUCUUUUUUUGUUUUUGUAUUUGUUUUUGAUUCAAUCAAGAAAAGCUAUCCUUCAGAUAAAAACGGCGAUGCCUUUUGCUGUAGGUUCACAGUCGGAUAUGUGCGACUCUGGAGAUGGAGCCCCUCAAUCCAAGACAUCCCAGAAGCCCACAUGUUUACCCAACAAGAACUUCCGGCCUGCAAGCCAAUCUUAACUCCUGAAUUGGUUAUGGUCACUUUCAUUUUUCUUGGCAUAACCUUCAUCCCCAUUGGUCUUUCUCAUUUGUCUGCUUCAGAAAAUGUCGUCGAGCUUGUAGACCGUUAUGACGAGGAUUGUAUCCCUGCAAAUGAUCUAACUCCUCAAGCAGCUCACAAUAAAAGGAUUGGAUACAUCCAAGAUAUCAGAACAGAUAAAACCUGCACAAGAACUUUAACUGUCCCGAAGAAGAUGAAGCAUCCCAUCUACGUUUACUACCAGCUAGACGAGUUUUACCAAAAUCACCGCCGGUACGUGAAAAGUAGAAACGACGCGCAAUAUAGGAACCCUUCGGCGGCCCACAGGACAGGGAAUUGUGAGCCCGAGUCAGUUAACGAUAACCGUGAACCCAUAGUCCCGUGUGGCCUUAUUGCUUGGAGCUUGUUUAACGACACAUACAGUCUCUCGAGAAAUGGUGCUGCUUUACCGAUUAACAAGAAGGGUAUCGCUUGGGAGAGUGAUAAAAUGCAUAAGUUUGGGUCUAAUGUUUACCCGAAAAAUUUCCAGAGUCGAGGACUCAUAGGCGGGGCCAGACUCAACGAGAGCAUCCCUUUGAACCAGCAAGAGGAUCUUUUGGUUUGGAUGAGAACAGCAGCUUUGCCAACAUUCAGGAAAUUGUACGGCAGGAUAGAAACCGAUCUUGAGGCGAACGAGAUAAUAAAAGUCGUGAUACAGAACAACUACAACACCUAUGCUUUUAAUGGGAAAAAGAAGUUGGUGAUUUCAACUACAACUUGGAUUGGGGGCAAAAAUGAUUUUUUAGGCAGGGUUUAUAUCACGGUCGGUGGGCCUUUAGGGGAUCCAUCAUACCUGUCCUGGAACCGAAAUCCGCCAUCCAACUAAUUUUAUUUAAGGAGAUUAUGAAAAAAACUAAGUUCUUGAUUAUAGUUUGGAGAUGAACAUCACAUUGCUCUUUAACACAUUUUGUAUUAUCUUGGUCUUAGGCUGAUGUAAUGGUAGAAAGGGGGAACUUUAUACAUUGAACUUUAUGAAAUUUUAUCAGUAAUCUUUGUUUCUAUUUUUUUUUAAAACUUUUUUUUGGUUCUCCUGUUUCCCCUUGUCAAAGCCUUUGAAGAAAUAAAGAGCCAUAUAUACUUUCAC